AUGUCAUCAUCCGCUCCAUCCCAAACAAUAGAACACAUAGUCCUCUUCAAAGUCAAAGAAAACACCGACCCCGCUAAAGUCAACACCAUGAUUAGUUCCCUCAACGGUUUGAUCUCACUCGACUCAGUACUCCACAUAACCGCCGGUGCUCUCUACCGCACUAAAUCCUCACCCAUUCCCUUCACUCACAUGCUUCACAGCCGUUACUCCUCUAAAGAAAACCUCAACGCGUAUGCCGUCCACCCUAGCCACGUCAGCGUGGUUAAAGAAUCGGUUCAACCAAACUGUGACGACGUCAUGGCCGUCGAUUGGGUUGCUGAUGAUCUCAUCGGUGGUGAGUCAUUGGUCCCACCUCCGGGGUCAGCGAUUAGAUUGACUUUUUUGAAGUUAAAAGAGGGAUUAGGGGAUGAAGUGAAAGAUGAGAUACUGGGAGUUAUUAGGGAGAUUAAAGGGAAAUUUGAAGGAAUUGAUCAAGUUAGUUUUGGAGAAAAUUUCUCUGCUAGAGCUAAGGGUUAUUCGAUUGCUUCGCUGGCUGUUUUUCCAGGAUUGAGUGAAUUGGAGGCGGUGGAUUCAAAUGAAGAGUUGGUGAAUUUGGAGAAAGCCAAGGUUAGGGAUUAUUUGCAAAGUGUUAUUGUUCUUGAUUAUGUUGUGCCGUCUGCACCAUCUUCUUCCAGUCUUUGA